AUGGCGACGGUGGCGCGUGCGGUGGCAGUGUUAGCAGUAGCAAGAACCUCCACGGUGUUACCCGGAGGCGGAAAUUCUCAGAGGCUUCUAAAAUUCAAACCUCUUUGUAGUUCAUCUUCACCUUCCUCUAGAAAACUGGUCCUUUACUCAAAACCCGGUUGCUGUUUGUGCGAUGGUCUCAAAGAGAAGCUCCAAGCUGCAUUCUUGCUCUCCGGUCCUCAUUCCCUUAGCGACGUCGAUUUACAGAUAAGAGAUAUAACUACCAAUCCGGAAUGGGACAAAGCUUAUCAAUAUGAGAUACCUGUGUUGGCUAAAGUUCUUUCUGAUGGCACCGAGGAAACUUUACCGCGUUUGUCUCCUCGUUUAGGCGUGGAGCUCCUUCAGAAGAAGAUAGCUGCUGCUCUGGGAGAACAAUAA